AUGAGCGAGAGUAUGCGUGGAGAGGAUUCUCUUGCGGGUGCCCCUGAGAAACCUCAAGAAGUGAUUGGUGGUAGCCCCAACUAUAACCGAUUAUCAGCAAUGAUUGAGAGCUUGAGUUUGCAUGGGAGUUUGGACGACGAAGCGUUCAUGCCCAGCAGGAAGAACUCUCCAGUGGAUGAUGACAAGGAUCAGCAGGACAAGAAUUCAUCAAAGUCAAGCCAGUUCGUUGAUCUAACGCAGACAGUUGGUGUAUCGACGACAUCUAUAUCGUUGGAGACGCCAGAGAGUGGGUAUACGCAAUUGCAGAACAUGUCGCCUGGGAAUCGGGAAAGCAUGCUAUCGUCAUAUUCGGGGACGGUUCACGAGGGAGUUCCUGUGUCGUAUGUGGUUCAGAAGCAGGAGGGUGGUGCUACUACUGCUACUACUGCUACAGUGCGCAAGGAAAUGAUGACGACGACGGGGGAGCCCAGUUUACCACCGCUUCCCUCGAAGAAAGAAUGGUCGCCAGUUGAAGUCAAGAGUGUUAAGGCGAUGGUGAUUAGUGCUGCUGGUCGGGAGGCAGAGGGGAUUUCUGGGCUAGACCAAGAGCCAGGAGCAGGUCUGGGUCCAGGUCUGGGUCCAGGGGCCAUUGACAAGAGCAACUCGCUCAAAUUGUUGGCGAUGGACCGGGGAUCGCACCAGAAAGUGCCAUCGUCGAUUGCCUCGGGGAACUUGGCCAGCGAGAGCGGCCACUCCCACAACAUGUCUACUACGAGCAAUUCCGGUUCGAGCACGCUGCCCCAUCUUUCAGAGCUGAACGAGCCAUACGAGGAGGAUGGAGAGGACCAGGGGGACCAGCAUACGCACCACAGUGCCAUCACGAACACGACACCGCUCGAUAUCUCUGACCACGACGCGGAAAGAACGGUUUCGAUGACCUCGAGCGUGAUCCCACCGCUCGAGACGCAAAUGCAUCCGAACCGCGGCCGUGGUAUCGAGCCUGAUCGCGAGGUGAUAUCCGAUGUGCUUCCCCCAGUGCCUCCAAGAAGCACCAAGAGACCCAAGUCUCGCAUAUUCAUCAAGGAAAGUCUGGAAGAUAUCCAGAACCAGCUGGCCAGGGAGAUGCAGGUGCAGGGCCAGGGCCAGGGCCAAGGACAGGGCCAAGGACAGGGCCACAGGACUAGCCCCAGCCAUGCUGGCAGCGCCAGCAUCCGUUCAGACAGUUUCUUCUCUGCGACAGAGCUGGACGAAACUCCGGACCAAGAGCAUGAGCUUGGGCCUGGCUCUCGCGGUGGUUCUCGCAGCGGCGGCGACUCCGAUGAAGACGUCACAUACACCACCAGGCCAUUGCCAUCCAUACCUUCCCCCCACUUCACAACGCCAGAGGGCCAGAUCCAGAAUGGCAGCAACACCAACACCAACGAUGACGAUGACAACUACGAAGACAUUAUAGAAGAAGACACCCCACAGAACCGCAUCCGCACGCCCCAGAGCAGGCUCCCAAAGACCCCAGGAAAAACACAAGCACACGCCAAGAGGAAACCCCACGGCAAGCCCAGGGCCAAGAAGGAGCUCCGGUCGUUCGAUAUCGACACCAUUUCGCAGCUGCUCAACGUCACAAAGGGAACUCUGAUCGGGUCAGAGUUCUCGAACCUGGGCAUGAAGAUCGAGGAGAAACGGGCGCUCGAGAAGCUUGUCGACUCGCUCUCGCGACUCACAGCAGACAUGGUGCUGGACCCUGAGAAGUUCCACGAGGGUCUGAGACGGCUCGAGAGAGCGACAAAGGCCUUGGAUGGGUUUUGA